GCAGUGACGUCAGCGUCAGCUGUGGUUGUGUGUGAAUGACUGGGAGUGGAUGGGUUGGGACACACCGGUGCAAGGUGGAGGAAGAUUGUAAAACAGUUAUUUACUUAGAAGGUUGUGAUUAUUGUGAAGUUUAUGAUAGGCAAAAUGGGGAGACAGGGGUGACAUUUUAGCGAUGAGCGCCAAAAAAAAUGUGGAGAAAACUAGCUAGCUGUACCGUAAUGGAAAAAUGAAGAGGCUGAAAUGCAGGUGAUGCUGACUGCUCCGCCCUGUGGUGAGGUUAGCUAGCUUUCGCAGCUAACGCUAUUACUGAUAGAGAGAAAGAGGACGGUGGAACUAGGCACAGCUUACUUUAUCGCCGUGUGACCUAAUUACUGGACUUGUAUACGUUUAUUCUGUCUAAGGAACAAUGCAGCAAAUUGGAUGUGUUCCGUUGCUUUCAUAAUUAUUAUCUUGUCCAUUAAGAUCGCAUGGAAGUGCCCGUGUAGCUACAGCGAGUACAGUAUGUGCUGGAUUGUUUAGCGAGUUAACAGUAACGGUAGCGAGUAAGUACGCUGUUCGAGGCUGUUUUUCCGCUUUAUGUAGAUAGCCGAAAACGGUCGGAUUGUGGACAACAAACUCUGGCCUCCCAGGAUGAGCUGCCUUUUGCAAACGGCUCGUUAGCUGGGUAGCGAUCUUGCAGAACUGAAGCGCAUAUAACAACCGUACUUCUCUGUGGCUGGUCAGCUAACCGCUAGCCUCUGUCCAAGGAACUACUGCAACUCUUCUCCUUGGCUUCUGUGAUGUGAUGAGCACGAUUGUCUGCAAAUACUUUAUUGAGCUCCAGGUCUGAGCCCACCCAUGACCCUGCGGGAGGCUCAUGGAUGAGAAGGCCUUCACCAAGUCCACCAUGGUCUCCAGGCUGCCCAAAUUCGGGGCCCGUCCCCAGGGCGGGGCCAUCGCCGUGGCAAACGAGCCAGUCCAGUCUGGCCCUGCGCCUGAGGGAAAGAGCGCCCCCCAGGGGGGGCAGAACGGGAUCCUCCGCCUGCCUUCCUUCUCCAUGAGGUGGAGGAAAGAGAAUGGGGGUCUCGCUGCCCCGCCCGCCCAUGAUGAACAAGCGGGGCUGGGCAAUGAUGGCUCCGCCCCCCAUUGCCAACGGCAACAGUUACCGACAACGAGGGAGAUCAAAAAACCCUCAGCCCCCACAAUCAAGGCAGGGAGGUUUGCCUCCUCCACAACCCCUGCCAGCUCCAAGCCUGUCAGCCAGAUCCCCAAAGUCUCUCCCCCUCGAGUGGGCCUCAAACCGGGACCAAACCCCCCCUCUGGCUCCUCCAAGCCGGCGCUGAAUGGGCUGGGCGGGGGUGGGGCCGGGGGUGGGGCCGGGGGUGGGGCCGGCGGGCGGUUCGGCUCGGGUCUGCCCCGCCCCCGGGCGGGUUCCGGCUCCACCCCCACCCCCAGCAGCUCUCGGGACAGCCUGUCCCGGUCCCAGGACAGCCUGAAGACCCUGCCGCUGGACAACAUGGUGCGCUCGCAGAGUUUGACGCUGGUCAGGCAGCUGCCGUCCCCCACGGGCCUGCCCAUCCCCCGCUCCUUCUCCUUCAACAGGGCGGUGGAGCUGGCCAAGCCGCUGGCCGACACCCAGCUGCGCGCCAAAACUCCCGUCCUCAAGCACCCGCUGCUGCCGGGCGCGGGCAGGCCGGGCGUGGCCCCUGGCUGCUCCACCCCCCCCACGCCCAUAAAGAAGCUGCUCAUGCCCAACUGCGUCCUGAGCAAGCCCUCGUUGCUAGGUUACAGACUGAGCCGGCCAACUCUGGCCAAGCUGCCCCGCCCACUCGCCCCAGGACAGCCACCGGGCGGCCCGAAGGUGGGACAGGGGGGCGGAGACUCCUCUGUGGUGUCGCCCGUCAGGUCUGAUCCUCUGGGCGUCAGCGAGAGGGUUCAGGGGGAUCUGGGGCCCGUUGCUGUGGUGACAGGCCCUGCCCCUUUGCGGUGCCUGGGGGAGGGGCUUGAGGACAUGUCCCUCUCCUCUGCCUCCUCGCUGGACAGGAACGACACCAGUGAGGACUUCCUGGACGACUUCGACAACCUGGGCGACGGGAUGCUGUUGCUCUCCGCCCACAACGGGGAGGAGCCAUCCAGGCCACACCCCCAGGGCGAUGACAUUGUUCCUGACAAUAGACGGCAGGUUACACCCACCCAGAUGCCCCUGGACGAGUUUCUGCCGGACGAUGUGGACUGGGUGGGGAUUAGUCUGUCAGGCUGCAGGGAUGACCCAGGCCCUUUGGCCCUGUCACCGGAGGUGGACUUCCCCCACGGCUCCUCCCUGGAGCUCUCCCCCUCCAACAGUUCGGGGGGCACCUACAUGUGGGACGAGGAGGGCCUGGAGCCCCUGUGCUGCACCCACCCCUGUGGGAGCUACGACUCGGACAUCAACAGCACGGACAUUCUGGACCACCUGGAGUCAUGUGACCUAGAAGAUGAUGACCUCAUGUUAGAUGUGGAUCUGACGGAGGACGUCUCACUGCAAAGCGACCCUGACGGGAUGUCCCACUUUGAGAAUUCGGAGAGGGGUGGAAGGCAGGGCCACUGGAGGAGGAGACAGCAUCGCUGGUCCGGACCGGACCACUUCCACAAUGACAACAGAAGAGCCCUUCUCCAGCUGGGCCGCGUGGGGCCUGCAGCAAGGCCGGAUGGCCACAUGGGGGCGCUGGACCAGGUGACCCUCAGACUCAUGGCUCAGGACUGCACCUCCGUUAAAUCCCAGCUACUCAAACUGAAGAGCCUGCUGCAGUUAGAGGACGUGGGCGUGGGGCAGGAGGAGCUGCUUUCAGGAGUCCCGAGUCCAGAAUCCAGCGAGGGCACAAACACGUCCUUACAGCAGGUGGAGGAGCUGACCAGGGAGGUGCAGGAGCUGAGGGAGGAGCUGAAGAGGAAGGACAAAGCCAUCGCUCAGCUGACCCAGCAGGCGUCUGUGCCCGUCCAUGCCGUGAGGUGCCAGUGCCAGCAGAGGGCGCCAGUGUCCAGGGGAGAGCGGAGACUGCAUCAUGACAAGGCCACACAGACUCCGUGGAGAGGCCAUGCUCCUCAAAUACUACAGCCUGCCAAGCACUGCCCCAGCGAUCCCCACACCCCGCAAAGACUAGCAAGCUCAGCCCCCUCAGAGGACCGCUGUGAGCCCGCCUCCAUCGCCCGUGACAACACCCCGCCCCGGGGCCGGCCACGCCCUCAGCCCAGACCCGACGCCUCGCCAGCUGGGCGGGCGGAAGCCGAGAACCUGCUCCAGGGGCCGCACCUCAAAACUGGAGAAACGGGGGACCCCCCCGGGGCCUCAGGGGCCCGGCUCUCGCUCGCUGCAGCCCGCAGCAUCUCAGCAGAGCGUGGUUCCCCCUCCCGCGUCCCGUGGACCCCCCGCCUCCACAGGAGGGCUCCUCUCCGCGCCCCACCACCAGAGGGCGCCGGAGUAACCCGGGGCAGGUCGGAGGGUAGGGGUGAAGAGCCCAAAACUCUGCCGCCUCCCUCCAGGGGUCUGCCCUGCUUCAGCCCCUCCCUGCCCCGUGCCCGAUUCGGACAAGUUCCGUCCCAAACGCACCCGGAAGGUUCCAGAGAAUCCCAGUGCUGUCUGCCCAACACCAGAGGUUUAGUUACCCCGAGCCACUUGCGUCUUCCCACACCAAAGAUCCCCUGAUGCACACACACUCACACUCGCACACGCACAUAAACACACAUGCACAUGCUCACGCGCACACACACGCACACACAUGCGCGCACACACACACACACACACACACACACACGCACAAACUCACACACACACAAACACCCACACACAGACACACACACGCACACUCACACACAAACACACACACACAUGCCAUUUGUGUGAAGGGUGCUGGUCGGGUUGGAUUUAGAGCACCUGUCCCAGGUGGGUUGCAGAGAGCACAUGUGGUCACCGGACACAGCCAAUCAGCAGCUAAGCAGUGUAGCUUAACACUAUUUCUGUUUAAGUACAGCUGAGCACGGUAGAUUAACACUGUUUCAGUUUAAAUACAGCUGAGCACGGUAGAUUAACACUGUUUCGGUUUAAAUCCCACUCUGCUCUGCAUUCACUUCACAGCCAGGCUUUUGACCUGUCAGUCACAGGCGGGGGUUCCUCCCUGUCGACGUCUCAUACAGAAGCAACCCUAACCCCUGUGCAAACACAGGAGCUGUAAGAAAUUGAAUUUACUCUGGCGGAGAACGCAGGUUGUCGCUCUCUUCCUGAGACUGAAGAGUUUUGGAAGGAAUGGCUAGAUAAGACCGCGGGUAUCACGAGGGGAUUCAGAGUGGUGAAAGAGCUCCCAGCAGGGUGCUUGAUUUGCACACAAAUGAGUCCUUAAUCCAGGGCUGCGGAGAGAAGAGGCGCGGGCCUCUCUUUGGCUUUCCGUUUUAAGACCCUCCCUGGGCCCUGUCGCUGCACAGCGUCAGACCUGCCAGGCAGUCUCUCACCUGAAGUGUGUCCCACCUGGCAACCCUGCCGUCGGAGCGCUGGCGUCCUCCUGGAGGGGACAGCGGUGCAGACUCCCCGCGACGAGCGCGAUGGCGACUCGCGCCCUCCCUCGCUCGCCCGAGCGGGACGUCCUGUUCCUCUGUACCACCACCAGACCACGUGCUCCCACACCACAGCCCCUCUGAGGCCAGAGAGCCAGAGAACAGGCCCUGGAAAACACACCUGUCCCAGGUGAGGAGGGGGUGGAGGGGGGCCGAUGUUCACCCCUCUCAACUUGUUUUCAUUCAUUACACCUGGUUUAACAGGCUGCCAAUAGUGAAUAGUGACAUCCACUGACAGGUAAUGCCAGGUUUACUUAUACUCUGUCACCAGUAACCUUCCCCUUCUUGUCUUUUUAUAGGUUAUAAGAUUAAUUUAAAAUAAAAAUAUAUGCAAUUGUUGAAAAUAACAUGGCUAAUGUGAAAAGAUGAAACCCUGCUGACUAGCGUGUUGGUUGUCAGCACAGUGUGCAGUAAAGACGAGGGGGAGAACAGCCCAUCUGUGCUUCUGUGGAAUUGUUUAAGAUCUUUAAAUCAUCAGUAUUCCCCGGGUGUGGGGAACAGAGGCCGUUCAUUUGCAACCUCAGAUGAGUGGAUUCUGGCAAAGGCCAAACGUGUAAUGCGAAGUAAAAGAUCGCUACCGCUCGCAUAAAUGGCCUAAUUGGUAUUGAUUUUAUUUGCCCAAUUAAUUUCUUAAUUGUAGAUUGUGCUGGAGGACAAUGAUCAGUUAGGUAAGCCCCCCCCCCCUCUAUUAUUUCCAGCUUGGAUCUCACCACCAGUACCCAGGACUACUACGGUCCUGAAAGUCUGGAAAUAUUUUCACCCUGGACAGGUUGUGACACAUGGGACUGAUGGCUCUCUGUCCCUGAAAAUUAGGAAUUUCUUCAAUCUUGAAAGCAUGAGAAAUGUUACAGAUCAAGAACAAUGUGUGCCACCUGUCAUUUACUAUGAAAUCGGGGGACGGUAGUUGCUUUAAUUAUGAGCUUGCAGACUUUCACAUGUAGCUCCGUACCAGGAGUUAGUGGUGACUACCGUUUAUGGACAGGAGCGAGUGCGUGGGGACGCAAAAUAUUUAUAAAGCAUCGCGUGUCAGAAAGUAUCAGAAUUUGACAACCGUAGCAGUGAAAUAAUUUUGGAAACGCCUGACGUUUAUCCUUUAAAGGGUGCUGAGAGUCGCAGAGCCCGCAUGGAGGGGCUGAGUGGCAGAUCGCUCGGCUGAAUGGCGUCCGCUCCGUUUCGCGAGCUCUCCGUCUCGGAUGAGGGCGUUCGGGAGCCGCUGCGCGUUUAGGGGUGAUUUUACUCUCAUUCCGCCAUUUGAAGACCGCGGUGGAGUAAAGCGGAGGCCCGCGCCUCUCUCUCCUCUCUGCAGAGAGGCUGCGGCUCACAUCCCAAUGAGCGAGCGCUUUUGAGAAGCUGGCUCUCCGGCGCGGGUACAGUGGGCCCUCAAGUGGAGCAGCCACGGCUCGCUCACCGCGUUUAAAACUCCCUCGCUCGCCCAGGUCAGCGACACCACGCCCAAAUCCUGCAAAUACUGCAGCGCUCUUUGCACGGGGCGCAGGGUAGCGGUUACCGCGCAGGGCCUGAUGGGAUACUCGGACCUCCGGAGGGAACGGGGAGCCGGCUUUCGCCGUUCCUCCUCUCCGCCUCUCUGUCACCACCGACGUCUCCGAAAGCUCUCAAACCCAACUGACCGCCGCUGGCGUCUCCACCGCGCCGUGAAUCCCCUUCGGCUCCGCCUCCGGCCCGAGGCGCGCUUCCUUCUGAGCGCUCUCCGGGCCACACGGCGAGCGCGUCCAGCCCCGCGUGCGCUCGCUGACUCCCUGGUGUCGGCACGCCGGCGUAGCUGACAGUGCGGAGGGGAGACCCUGUUUAGCAGAGUCGGCUUCAGGGAGCCGUUAGGAGGAGCAAUUAAGCGAGGGGGAUGAAGGAGCACUCCGGGCCUCCUCUGGGAGGGGCCGCGCCUCCCCGAAUCUCCCCAAGCCCGCUUUUAAGGAUGCGGCCCUGGGGAUCCCUGCCUUCUCCCCCACGCAUCAAGCACUUCUCCCACAAUCCUCUUCCACUUGCCCUGAAUUUAUUUUCUUCUUGUUUCAAGUCGUGAAGUUUGUUUUUAAAGUUGCAUAAGUUAUUAUGAGACAUGAAAAUUUGCGAGGAAAGAGAAACUUUAUUUUGUGGAAUUAUAUUUUCCUCAGCUGUGAGUGUAGCACUAUUAGAAGGCCCUUGAUUUAAUCAUGGCUUUGUGUAGCUCUGAGUUACUGUAAAAGGAACGGUCAGGAUCCUGUGAAAAUACAGGCCAUAUUUCCUAGGCCCGAGGCUGACAAAAAUGAGAUCAUCCAGUUAUUUUCCAAAAUUUUAAGUGAAACUAGUUUUAUUUAUUAUUUAAAUUAUGUAUUUAUAUGUUUUGCUUUCUUGCUCUAAAAUGGAGUCAGUCUUUCCUGUAGAAAUGCAUGUAUAAUAUAGAAUCUUUGGUCUGGUUUACGUUUUAUUUUACAAUGCCAGGCCACUCAUUUGUGGUGCAAGGCUCUGAAAAGAGUUUUUGGAUCAGAUGUUUCUGCCCAGACGAGUUCAUAAAGAAAUUACAAUCGGAUAUGUGCGAAGCUGUUUUCAAUAUGGUGGUUUGAGACCGGUGUUGGGUAGCCUUCCUGCCAAGUGUCAGACUGUGGAGACCUGCAGUGUAUGUGUGUGUGUGUGUGUGUGUGCGUGCGUGCCUGCCUGUGCAUGUGCGUGUGUGUGUUUCAUUCUUAAUGGCAAGAAUGCUAGGUUUACAUGUGUGUAGGAAAGGGUGGGUUCUCGUUGAUCUAAUGAAUGAGAAGUACCUCUUUGCUAUGUAAUCUUUGCACAUUUUGGGUGGCAUUUACAGAACUGUUUAAUAAACUGGUUGAGGAAGAUAUGAUUAUGACUCAGUGUUAAAGUGUUUCUGUGAAGCCACGGUGAGAUUUGACAUUAAUGCAGGGGACAGGGAUAGGGAUGAGAACAGAGACCUUCAAGCAGUGCUUUUAAAUCCUUGUCCUGGAGAUGCACUGUGUGUGCUCUGGUUUCUGUUCCAGCUCAGAUUGUAGUUGAAGAUUAAGUUUGACAGUUACUUUUGUGAAGCUAUGCAUGAAAGACUGAGGUUGGGAGGGUGUUUGUGGCAUUGGAAUUAAGUAUUUUUAUAACACCAUUUUGUUCUUGUGUGCUCCAUAAAUAAUACACUAUUACUGAACAAAACUUUUUGAUCUACAGUUAUUCAUAUUGCCGGUAUAAGCAGUGACAGAUACUAACAAAACUAUCUCAGGUAAACCUUUAGCGACUGCAUCUUUCUAUUCGCAUAAACAUACAUAAUCACUUUUGUAUCCUGCCAUUUUCUUAGGAAAUAUUCUGAUCCUGUUCUAAUUGACUACUCUGGUAAAUGUUAACUGUCAAGCAAAUCAUAUAAUUAAUCGGUAAUUGCCAAAUCCAGCUAAUUAAAAAGUAUCUGAAAUAGACAUGUGCAAUAUUAAGAUUCAUAUACUAUAGGCAUGCUGCAGUAUCUAUAUGCAUGGAAAGAUGUAUAUUAGGGUCACACCAUGUCACAAGAGUUUAUGUACUGUAUUUAGCUAAAACAGAAAAUGGUGAAAUUUCAUUUUUGAACAUCAAAUGGAACUUGAAAUAUUGAGUAAUUGCAAUUCCAUUUCCAUUCGUGCUGGAUAUAUUGUUCAAUAUGAAAAGAUAUUUACUCAGAUGUUAUAUGCAUAACUCAGUGUUCCAAUCCCAGGCUGAUUUGAACUUGGUGUUAAACUCAACAUGGGGAGGGGGCGGGUCUGCAUGUGCUGGGGGCGGGCCUGCACUGAAAGGGGGCGGGCCUGGACUGGGAGGGGGCAGACACCAUGAGCUGGAGGGCAGCUGUGGGUUAUGGUGGCUCUGAUGAUGAGACGGCUGUAGCGUUCCAUUAUCCCCGCCCUGCAGGGGGCACCCACACGCCUGCUGACUGGCCCAAAAAGGUGAUAAAUGAGCUCAGCUUGGGUUUUACACAUCCUGCUGUGUGUGUAUGUGUGCGAGUGUACCUGUGUGCGUGUGCGUGUGUGUAUGUGUGUAUGUGUAGGAGUGGGUGCGGAAGUUUCCAUCAGAAAGAGGUCAGGUGACAUCAGACAGCCCCGACUGUGCCAGAGACGUUCCGUCAUCCGAAUGAAUCUCUUGCUUCUCCUCGUCCGAUCCCAGCGUGAGAUUCACACCCUUCUUAUUUCCCCCGCGAUGUGCGGUUGCUUUUUCCCUCCCAUUUAAACUAGAGAGAAAGCAGCCAAACUGUCCGGUUAAAUGCAACACCUGAAGCAGCAGGAGGCCCCAUCAUGCAAUGCUCCUCGCCAGCUUCUUUGUUUUUCUCGUUCAUUUAGCCCAGCGUGUGUGGCUUGACCCCGCCCCCGAGCCUGUCAGUCACACCGUAGCCGUGGGCAACCGGCCCGGACUGGUGUGCCCCUGUGUCUGGCAGACAGCAAUGUGCUCCUGUGCCAGUGUAGCCACAGCUUUAUUACAGAGUCAGAGGGGAGGGCCGCAGGUUGUAUGCAUUCUCUAUCAGCACGGAGCUUAUUAAUAUGGAUUCAUGUUUUAAGGUUUACAGAGAGAAGAAGGGGAAAGGGUUGCUUGGGGUGAGCGGGUCCUGUUCCGGUCUGUGACGUGUAAAACACGUUAAGGCAGUACUGGGUUAAGAUACUGUGUCCGGUUCCCACAAUGCUUCGCUUCAAUGUUAUUGAGUCCUCACGCUCUCAGGGCUAACACAGGUGCUCAUGGCUCACACAUAGAGAACUGUCAGAUUCACACACUCGCAACACGCAACCUCCACAUCCAGCCGAGAUGUUCUAAUCCUCCGUAAAUGCUUUAGCAGCUUAGAAUAUCGCACCCCUGCUGAUCCCAUACUGUAUUACUGCAUUUAGGGAGUACGUCAUUUUUCCUGUUCAUCAACCUUACACAAGAUCCUGCUGCAGUCUCACGUGUCUUUCUAUUGUAUAAUUUGUGCAAUAUUGUAAGAAUUGAGGAUAUACUGUUAUAUAAUUAUUAAUGUGUCUACACUGUAUGUGUAAUAUAAUUAUUGCAAAAUUGUAUAUAAAAAAUGAACUGAACGGAUUUAAUCAGAGAUGCACUUUACAUGAAAAGGAGGAUAAAACACAGCGGACUGUGGUUUGAUCUAGGAAAUUUGCCUGUUGGUUUGGAUCUGUUUGAGACCUUAAUAAAGAUCACUGCACCAAA